AAAUAAGGCUAUACAACUGACUUUCUUCGCAUUUAGCAAAGCUAUUAAAACUCAGACGGAGAGAAACACAAACUUCCUCAAAAUACCAACGCAUAUAUACAUACAAAAAUCUCUCUCGUCAACUUUUCACAGAUUUAAUCUCUGCUCAUCCAUCACACUUUGCUGCGCAGUUUAGCAUAAGAGGGAGAAAUUAGGCGUUACUUGUUUUCUUCUCUAGCAAAAAAAUUUCACCGAUUAACAUAUUUGCUUGCUGACUCUGAAACGACAUAAAACGACUCAGGCGGCGGCGAGAGCAGAGGAGUAGGGUUUUCUUCCCUCUAAAAGGCGACUACCGAGGGUAUAGAUUUCUAGUUUCUCAAUUGCAAUUCAGAAAAAUCGGGCUCAGUCUAUUCGUUUAGUCAUUGAUAUAUAUAUAAGGACUGUUUCUGACUUUUUGGGGAUUUUGGGUGUUGCUGGACUGCUCAAACCCUAGGGAUUUUUGGGCUUCAAUUGUUGGAUGGAUUUUAGGGUAUAGGGUUUGGUUAUCUAUGCUUCUAUUCACAUUCUUUCCGAGGGAUUGUUCUGUUUUCGGGUUAUAUGUGCGCAGAGGGGGGUGAAAUUUAGUGGGCUUUGUUAAUUUACUUGCUGUUGUGAUACUUGGGUGUUGUUGGCAGUUGGCUUGAAUUUUUUGAGUGCCAAGGCCUUUAAAAGCUGUUACCGAAGCCUUUUCUGCUGUGGAGAGGUGUAUAAAUUUGUUUUUUUUCUGACUGAUUGAGUGGGAGAGUUCUUGAUUGACCUGGUAUAUUGUAUAUAUUGGAUAAAGAAAAGCUAGUGUUGUAUGUAUUGCGCAUUUCAGAUUUAUUUGAGUACCUGUGUCCUUGAGGACUAGAUACAUUUGAAUUCCUUGUUGGAAUUCUUGCUGAUGAGUACUGGAGAAGGCCAUUAGGGUGGUCAGGUGGAGAUUAACGAAAAGGGGUUUAUGGUGAAGGGUAUUAUCAUUAUAGAGUUUAGUCUUAACUUUUGUGACAAUGGACAUUUGAUUUUGUCUGGGAGUUGAAACGUGGCAAUAAUUAGUACCACAUUAGCAGUGGGUGCGAAAAUGGAUGCAUAGUCCUCAACUUAAAAAAAGAGAGUCGGGUUUCUCUUCAUUUAUUGUUUCAUACAAGAUAAUGUUUAGUGCCAGUUAUGGAAAGAAGUGAGCCCACAUUAGUACCAGAAUGGUUGAAAAAUGCUGGAAGUCUGAAUGGUGGCAACUCUGUAUCAAAUUCAGAUGAUCAAACUUCAUUGAAGCUUGCAAGAAAUAAGUCAUUUGUGAAUAGUAAUGGUAAUGAUUUUGGACGAUCUUUUAGUUCUGACAGAACCACCUCUUUAUAUUUCCGCCGAAGUUCUAGUAGUAAUGGUUCUGGUCAUCUGAGGUCUCACAAUAGUUUUGGCAAGCAACAUGAUAGGGAUUGGGAGAGGGAGAGGAAUACAUAUGAUUCUCGUGAUAGGGAAAAAUCAAUUAUGGGAGACCGUCGAUGGCGGGACUCAUCAGAUGGAUCAGGAGCCGUCUCGUUAGGUAAAUCUGAGAGGGAUGGGUUCAGGCGUUCUCAUUCAAUGGUUUCUGGAAACAAUGUAGACACACGGCACAAGAAAGUUGUAACUGAUUUGAGCACUACCAUUGGAACUAAAGCCAAUGAUUUACUUAUUAAGAGCAGUUCCAUUGGUGGAGUGAAGAAAACAUUUCUUGAAAAAGAUUUCCCAUCAUUGGGAUCUGAAGAAAGAACAGUUAUUCCUGAGGUUGGAAGAGUCCCAUCUCCUGGUUUGAGUUCUGCUAUUCAGGGCUUACCUUUAGGCUCCUCAACUAUUGUCAGUGGCGAAAAAUGGACUUCGGCUUUGGCAGAGGUUCCUGUUUUAGUUGGAAGCAAUAGUAAUGGCAUCUCUCCCCCGCAGCAGGCAGGUACAACAAGUUCUGUAAAUGUGGCUUUGGGUUCAAGCACCAGUCUCAAUAUGGCAGAAGCAGUAGCCCAGGCUCCUAAUCGUGGUCAAACUACUCCAUCGCUAUCUGUGGGAACUCAGAGACUUGAAGAACUGGCUAUCAAACAAUCUAGGCAAUUAAUUCCUGUGACGCCGUCUACGCCUAAAACUUUGGUCUUCAGUUCUUCAGAUAAACAGAAAAAUAAGGUGGUUGGGCCUCUGAAAGGUGAUGUUUCAAAAGCAUCAAAUGUGGGGAAGCUCCAUGUUCUCAAGUUAGUGCGGGAAAAGAAUGGUACUGCUCCUGCUAUGAAGGAUAGCUUGAGCCCGACAAGCAGUAGCAAACUUGUGAGUUCUACAUUUGCUGCUCCAUCUGUUUCUGGAUCCACAGCAACUAGGGGACCAACAAACAACCCAGUCCAUGACCGCAAGCCUGUAUUCACUCUACUGGAGAAAAGACACACAUCCCAAGCUAAGAGCCGCAAUGAAUUUUUCAACUCAGUGAGGAAGAAAUCUAUGGAGAAUUCUUCUUCUAUCGCUGAUCUGCCAACAGCAAGCUCCUCAUCCCUCCUGGAGAUUACCACUGCAAUUUCACCAUCCUCUUCAGAUAAGUCUGAGAUGGAGGUUAUGUGUGCUAAUACUUCUCAGGCUGGCGAAACUUCCGUUGGUGUAAGGUUGGGUGGGGACAAUUUAUCUGAGAUCAGAAGUGACAGAAAGGAAAAUGGUGAUGCUUGUGAUGUGCAGAAGCAUAUUAGCAACGGAAAGAAGCAUCCUAGCUUGGAUGUUAUAUUCUCAGAGGAGGAAGAGGCUGCAUUCUUACGUUCUAUGGGAUGGGAGGAAAAUGCCGAGGGUGAUGAGGGUGGUCUUACUGAAGACGAAAUCAAUGCUUUCUUGAAGGAUGUUACUAAGUAUAUUAAUUCAAAGCCGUCCCUCAAAAUCUUGAAAGAGGCACCGCCAAAAAUCUUUCCGUUUGACUCGCAUAUUGGGGGCAUUUCUGCUGGAUUGAGUUCUUCUGAUGCUAAGCUGGAAUCUUGAGGUGCUGAUUUCUACUGAGAUCCUUGUUUUGUGGAGGCCCUUUUGUUUCUUGUUUUCGAUUGUGGAAAAAAUACUGUGCUGGCGACCAAUCACGUGUUUGCACGAAGUAGAACGCUUCGAUAGUUUUGGUGUUUCGUGGAAGUGGGAUAGGAAUAAUUUACUGAUGGUACAUCCUGAUGAUUACUUCUAGUGACCGUUGCCCUUCGGUGGGGAUUAGAGUUUUUCAUAAGGUAAAAAAAAAAAUUAGUGAAGAGAAUAGAAAUAGGUUUUUAUGAAGCUCUGGGUCUUAACAGUGUUUGCCUUUUGCAAAAAUAGGGGAAAUAUUUUGAACAAUUGAUAUAUUGUUUCUUUUGUUCGGGCAAAAAGAGAAUCAUCUCCAGUUUCUACAUUUCUCUUCAUUUAUUUAUCAUUUCACGAGUUUUUUCUUUC